CUGGAAAUAGUAUAUCAUGCUAGGAAAUCAAGCACAUUAUAGUGUAAAAGCUAGAAGUGGUUUCACUAGCUAUUAAGUCUUAGCAGGGGUUCAACACCUCAAGCUGUUAUAUGUUGGGGGAUACUUUCUUAUAAAAGCAAGUGUUUCCUUUUCUCUGGUUUCAUUUCUCCUCUGUACUUUGAUCAGAUCUUUACUAAAAGUAAACUAAUCCUGAGAAAAGAAAAUAUUUCAAUAUUAUUCUCAUAAUGACAAAAUUCACCAUAUUUUUAUUGAUCAUUACAUCCUGCUAUAAUUUUUGUGUUAUUGCACAAAUAUUAGAAGAUGAAAAUUGUGAAACAUUACAAUCAGAAAUUCAUAUUACUAAAGAUGAAUACGAUGAGGUUGGACAUAUAAAGAGAACAUGCAGUGGUGAUAUAUUAGUUACUAAAUGUGAAGGAUUUUGUACCUCGCAAGUACAACCAAGUGUUAUCACUGCUACUGGAUUUGCUAAGGAAUGUUAUUGUUGCCGUGAAAGUUAUUUGAAGGAGAGACUUGUUAUUUUAAAUCAAUGCUAUGAUGCAGAUGGAAUAAAACUAAUGAGCGAUGAAGAUGGGGCCAUGGAAAUAAAAUUGCGAGAACCAGCAGAAUGCAAAUGUAUAAAAUGUGGAAAUUUUUCCAGAUGAAAUUUGCAAUGAAAUAAACUUCAAUUGAUGCAAAGUUGUAAUAAAAAUAACUUGAAUUGAAAAUGUGGGAAUACUUGUACCAUUGCUUAUAAUAAAUUAUAUUCAUAAAAAUA